UCCGGAAACAUGGAGGCUGUUGUGAGUGAUGUGGUAGCUCCUGAAGACCUUUUAAAAUUUGAGAAGAAAUACAACAAUGAGCUGGUGAAGGGAGCCGUCUCCAAAGACACAAAGUUUGAAUAUGCUUGGUGUCUGAUCAGGAGUAAAUACUCAGACGACAUCAAGAAGGGAAUCGUACUUUUGGAAGAGCUUGUUCAGAAAGCAUCGAAGGACGACUCCCGGGACUUCCUGUUUUACCUUGCAGUGGCCAACUACAGACUCAAAGAAUAUGAGAAAGCCCUGAAGUACAUCCGAACUCUUCUAAGGAACGAGCCGGGGAACAAGCAGGCUCAGGAGCUGGAGAAUCUCAUCAACAAGGCUUUGAAGAAAGACGGCUUGGUUGGCAUGGCGAUCGUGGGGGGAAUCGGCCUUGGCGUGGCCGGUUUGGCGGGCCUCAUCGGCCUGGCUGUGUCAAAGGGAGCUGCUAAAUCCUAACUUGGACAUGGGACACAGUGUUUUCAUUUUGCUGGACUGACACACUGACCCUUCCCCUGCCUAAAGAAUUUAAAUUUGUGGAGAAAGUUUGAUGGAUGGAACAUUUUGGUUAUAAUAUGUACUGCAACACAUUAAAGGUAUGAAUAACGGCAAUUGAUAAACUGUGUUCACAUUUUAACAGGGUUGAGAUUCACCAUACCUAAGACAUUACUUAGCUGUUUAAUCACACACUCAUAGCAUGGCACUUUCUUAUCAUUUCUGUAAAUAAAUUAAAAUAGUCAAGGUGCAGCUCAAUUUUAUGUAAUAUCUUAGUUAGUAUGCACCUCAGCCUAAACUUCCUUAGGUGACAUUUAUAUUUUGUAAAAAUAUACCUUUAUAAAAGUGCAGCGGUGGCUCUGUAACUGUCUAAUUAUUUUUGACAUGAAGAAGUGCAUUGUUUCGGAAAGUGUUUUUUCGUGCCGUAGGAAGUGUAGCUUGUGUGUGGUUUGUUUGCUGGAGAGGUGGCACUGACUCUGGCGUAUAGCUGGUAGAAGAAGACUGUAAGUCCAGCUGCUGCUGUGGAGGUGUUGAUGAGAUGUUUGCAUUCAUUUUGGACAUGAGGCUUCUUGUCAUUUGUUCUAAUACAACUUUAAAAAUGGGAAUGAAUACCUUUGCCAUUUAAAAUACAUUUCCUAACAUGUACAUGUGCUACAUUUAAUCGGUUGUGUUUUCCAUCUUGUAAAAUAAAAUGAUUUUGAACUGA